AUGUCGCCCAUCUCCACCCAGUGGACAUGCCUGACAUCCUCGGCGCGUCUCCAGCGGUCCUCUCAGACGCUCGCUGUGAUCGCCAAUCAGGCCUGGAUCUUCGGCGGCGAAUUGCAGCCCCGCCAGCCUGUGGACAACCAACUCGAUGUCGUCGAACUCUCCAAGACAUCACCGAAUAUGCAAACACUGGCCGCGACUGAUGGAAAAGAAGCACCGACUCCUCGCGUCGGAUCGGCGAGCACCGUUAUCGGCAAUGCCAUCUACUUGUUCUCCGGGCGCGGCGGAACUGCUAUGGCGCCUAUCGAGGAAAAUGGGAAACUAUGGACUUACGAACCGGCUGCCUCUCGAUGGAGAUUGAUCUCUCCGGCGGACAGCACAGCGCCAUAUCCCGCCGCGCGGAGCUAUCACACCAUGACGAGCGACGGCCACUCUACGAUCUACGUCCACGCCGGCUGUCCCGAAGCAGGCCGGCUCUCCGACCUCUGGGCCUUCGAUGUUGGCGCGAAAGCGUGGAAGACUCUGGCUUCCGCACCAGAUCCGCCUCGAGGAGGGACGUCGAUCGCCUACUGCGCCAGCCAUCUCUACCGCAUGAGCGGCUUCGACGGGAAGACAGAGCAAGGUGGGUAUCUUGACGUGUACGACCCGGCGCACGACUCGUGGUCCACCAUCACGUACCCCGCGAAUGGGAAGAGCGGGCCAGAAGCCCGCAGCGUCGGUGCUCUGCUUGCUGUCAAGCUGAAUGGGAAAGACUAUCUGGUCACGUUAUUUGGUGAGCGGGAUCCUAGUUCGUUGGGGCAUGCAGGCGCUGGAAAGAUGCUUGGUGAUGCCUGGAUGUUUGAUGUUGCGGCGGAGAGUUGGGCGAAGUUGGAGCCGAAGGGAGAUUGGCCACAUCCUCGAGGGUGGUUUGAUGCUGAUGCUGUAAAAGGGGCAGAUGAAGGCAGUGCAGUGAUAGUUGUACAUGGUGGUCUGGCUGAGGACAACAAUCGGUUGGGGGAUAUCUGGAUCCUGGAGCUGGAGGAUACAUCAGUAGCUCCCGCUCCGUAA